AUUACGGUGCUAACUGAGACUGAAUUUAUGAUUAACUCAAGACCUUUGACAUACGUACCUUUAGACCAUGAUGACGACUUACCUCUGACACCAAAUGAUUUUCUGUUUAUGAAAACCGACUCUCAUGACUAUCCCUUUGGAGUAUUCACUGAUUAUGACUUACUAAGACAGACCUGGAGGGAAUCCCAGCGACUUGCAGACUUGACUUGGAAGCGCUGGGUAAAGGAGUACCUGCCGACUUUGACUCGACGUGACAAAUGGUACCGCGACAACGACAGACCACUGAUUGUAGGUGACUUAGUUGUGAUUGCUGACGAUCAACUACCCCGCAAUCAGUGGCCUCUUGGCAGGGUCGAUCAGGUUUUUCCUGGCAAGGACGGCCUGAUCCGUGUGGCCCAAGUCAAGACAAGACAUGGACUUUACGUUAGACCUGUGACAAAGUUGUGUCGGCUGGACGUCCGCUCCUCAACUUGA